CGAGCCAGUGGCUGAUAAAGGAAAAAGAGGGGGAGGUAAGUAAUUUGGGGAAAGAAAGAAACAAAGUUGUUGGAGGCUAAGUGAUACAUUCGCGUAAUGCUUUAAUGCUGUAGGUUUCUUUACGGUACAUUUGUUUGGCAACGGUCAGUAUAGAGUUAGCCAAAGCAUGCGUUUAGUGCUUAAACUUAUCCGAUUAUUUUUGGAGUAAAAAUCUUUGAAAACGGGAGUAAGAGUAAUAACGCAUUUUCGAAGCAUCGAAUGCUAUAUGUUUUAUUUUGGUCACCUCUUUGAUGAUCUGUUUUUCAUCUUCCUUUUCAUUAUAAUGUUCAUUACCAAGUGAAAAGAAGAGUUUGGAUACGAACAAUUUUCUACAGAAUACUGAGUAAUUGUCCUUCCAGUGGACCCCACGAGCCCGACGAGAGAACUCAUUCUUUCCUAAAAGUGUUCCCCUGGAAAAUCGUACGGAAAGAAACUGAAGUAACUGGACUACAUUUUACUUUCGAAAACAACAUUUUAAAGUGAAUGUUUAUUCAUUUAAAGGACCGAAAAAAGAACAUGUACGUUUAAAGUGGUGCCAGUUACGUGGGAAACAACAAAUAGCAGAAAACCAACUUGUCUUUAUGUGACCGCUAGGCGACACGUCCAGCUAAGGUAAUGGACCGUUCGUUCACACAGAAGACGUGCAGGUGUGGAGCUACCUAUUCUCAAACAAGACCAAUAACAAGUUCAGCUCCAUGAAAUGUUCGUAAAACAGUGCUUUUUUUUAUUUUAUCAGUGUUUAUCUCCAACAUUGCCAAAACAAAUGAAGUAGUCCACUACUAACUAGAUGGAUUCACAUGCGUUACCUUCUACCUGUCUGGCUGUAGUCUGCACAGACGAGACACGAUGACUCUCAACACUGUUGUCCAAACAUGAUUAUAUCGUCAUGUGAUCCUCACAAAAUGUCUUAAUUGUCUUAUUUAACGUAUGUUUUUUUAUUUAUUGCAUGUGUACAUAUAGCCCUAUACUGAUUUGUCUGUUGGUUCUCAUUUGGAGGGAUAUUUUGUUUGGGGGGUAUUUGUUUUACAUAUAGAUUGCAAGGUCUCUGUCAUUUCAACUACUGUAGAUCAACUGUACUGUAAAAAGUUGACAAUUUUAAUGUAUUUUCAACUUUCACACUGUAUUUAAGUACAUUAACUUAUAACAUUGUGAUUCAUUAACAGCAUUUCAAGAAACCUUUGUAUCUUAAGUUUUAGACGACCAGGUUCGAUAUUACAAUGGACCGACUUGGAAGUAAGUUAUUGGAAAAGUUAAAACUGACUGACUCAGGGAGUGUGAAAUUCUCCAGUUCCAAAAGGAAAAAUGAAUUGGUCAACAACGCUAACAAUAACAGCAACGGGAACGGCGUUGGCUCCAGUAGCGCGCUUCCACCGACCCCGAACCCUGCGACCUCCUCGCCCUCGAGGACUGCCCAGUUCACCCUCACGUCCCCGACCUCCGUAGACUUGUGUGGACAAGCCAGUGGCAGAGGCGGGAAGGGCCCAGGGGAGAGGGUCUCCUCUUCUCAGCACCUCCCGCCCUCGACAACCUCCAGCGCCCCGCAACCGGCGGACUGCGAGCCCUACUCCCCCUCGACUCUCGCCCCGCUCAGGCGCCGGUCGCCCCAGCAGCGAGCGUCCUGCUACCUGGGGGAGGGCGUUGACAUCCAGAUGAGGCGUGAGUCGGGCCUAGGCGACUGCGACCCUGCUGGGUCCCGGGCCUCUCCGGACCAGCGCCGGUACUCCCUGGAGCUCCAGCAGUUGGCCCGACGGCAGCAGCUCUCCCAUACGCCACUGCCGUACCCCUCUGGCCCCCCUCCGCCGUACCCCACUGCUUCCUCCUCGGGGUACAGCUCCGCUCCCCGUGGCGGCGGCCCUGGCGAGCCUCACUACCUACCCGAGACGGAGCGUCACAAACGCCUUUCGCUGCAGGAGGCACUGUUCUACAAGAGGCUGAGCACGGGAGGGGAGCUCUGGGAGAGCAACAGGCCGGCCUCCCUCUCCCACCCACCACACCGGCACUCCGAGGCGGGCGGAGGAGGGGGGUUCUUCUUCCCCCCGGGCCCGGCGCUGAGCCCUUGCUCCUCCUUCAGCCUCCAGGAGUCCGUGCUGGUCAGCUCUCGGUCCAGUUUCUCCUCCAGCACGGCCAGCGGGGGCGCAGGCGGGAGCCCCAUGGGCAGCCGUUGUAGCAGCAACCGAACCAGCGGAAUCAGCCUUGGCUACGACACCCGCUACUCGGCCUCCUCCGCCGUGGCGCAGCAGCCGCAGUUCCCCCCCAUGACCACCGGGGGCUCCGCCGGUGGACAGGGCUACAUAGUGUCAGGGAGGGCCGGAGGCUGGCCUGACUACCUGGACGGGGUCCUCCCCCCUGGGGGAGCUGGGGUUCACGAUAGCCGGCACUCGUACCCCCCCGCCCUGGGGAGUCCAGCGGCCGCUUGUUAUCAGGCAGGGCCCGAGGGGUGGGAGGAGAGGGGGGCUUGGGCGGGCAGAGGGGAGGGGACUGGUGGGGAGCGGGCUCGAUACUCCGACCUACCGGGGACCCGCUACCAAGAGGAGCUGACACGCCUGCUGCUGAGAGACGCGGAGAUGGACGAGCUGCACCUGGGCGGGCUGAUGCUCAAAGAAUCGGCCAACCCUCUAACCAAGGCCCUGUCCAAGCCGGCAACACUCGUCGGCACGGCCACUGCCGCCGGGCCAAUCAGAGCCCACGAGGAGCCUGGAACAGGGAGGGAGGCGUCGGCUGAGAACCGCCAGGAGUUCUUUGGCACCUGUGUGAAGUGUGGAAAGGGUGUGUAUGGCGCAGAUAAUGCUUGUCAGGCUCUGGACAGCCUCUAUCACACACGGUGCUUCACCUGUGUGUCCUGUGGACGCACCCUGAGAAACAAGGACUUCUACAAUGUCAACGGCUCUGUGUACUGUAAAGAGGAUUACAUGUUCUCAGGCUUCCAGGCUGCAGCUGAGAAGUGCAGUGUGUGUGGUCACCUUAUCCUGGAACAGAUCCUGCAGGCGAUGGGCAACUCGUACCACCCGGGCUGUUUCCGCUGUGUGGUGUGUUCCAAAGCCCUGGACGGGGUUCCCUUCACGGUAGACCACCUCAGCAACAUUUACUGUGUCUCGGACUACAACAGAACGUUCGCUCCCAAAUGCGCCGCCUGUUUACAGCCCAUAUUACCUGCUGAGGGCAGUGAGGAGAUACUGCGCGUGGUGUCCAUGAACAAGGACUAUCACUUUGAGUGCUACCACUGUGAGGAGUGUGGGAAGCAGCUCUCUGAUAAACCUGGCUCCCAGUGCUUCCCUCUGGACUCCCAUCUCCUCUGCCACUCGUGUCACAUGAUGCGGGUGUGCACAUCGCAUGCCACUCCCCCUCACAACACGCACUGAGGAAGGAACUCUAUGCACCGAACAUUCAUCCACAUUUCCUUCAACGUUCCCUUUUACUUCUCACGCCCUCAUGCAAACUCAUUCCCGCGCUCAUGCGCACUAAGAUUGUGUCGCUCUAAUGGUCGAAUUUCCUUUUCGAAUUCACCCAGAAGCGACAAGCUCGCACAUGUAAAUGCUGGUGAAGACUUAAAAUGGAUAGUUGAAUUUACAUUUACCGUGUAGUUUGGAGUUUGACGCCGCACCAAUGACUUAUCAAGCCCCUGUAUGACCUGGGUCAAGAACAUAAAGGCACACCGUAGCAAAACGGUUUGCAACGUUUGAUGAAAAAAGGGUAUUUCUUAUUGGACAACGUGAGCAUUUUUGUGCCUAUUGAACACGACCAGGGUCGAACAUGUCCCUGUGUUCCAGUCGAUCACUGUACCUUAAUGUUCUCAUAGGGAGUGGGAGAACCCAACCUGGUCCCAGCCAGUUUGUGUGGUCCCACCGACCACCAGUUACUCCCUGAACGUGUCUACUGCUUGCUAUAGAAGAACAAGGGAUUUAUUGAUCUGCUUAACCUAUUUUUUGUAUUUAACUGUAUCACUAGCAAACAAUUUGCACUUAAAAUUUGAGUUGUUUACCAUGUUUGUUAAAGAAAAAAAAAAAAUCUUGUUUCUGUUGUAAUUAAUAAAUAUUCUUCCUUUUGUGUGUUCAA